CAGAACUAGUGGGAUUCGGGUAUAUCAACGUCUAAUAUGAAACACUGUUAGAAAUGCAAAUCAUACAAUAAGUGUCAGCUUUGGUUAAUUUACAGAUGGGUCACAUGCAACCGGGAUAAGCUGAUGUUUCCACUGCACCACUGACCGUCAUCCAUGGCAAAGAAAAAAAAUUCCUACAGAAGUCAUUUUGAGCAUGUGUCACCAACCCACGAAACUCCAGAAUUUCAUCACAGAUUUGGUCAGAUUUCAAAAUCUGGGCUUUGGCCACAGUAAUUUAGGCAGAAGCAGAGUCCUCCAUUUAGUGCAGAUCUGUAGAAUGUUCCAAAAGGUGAGAUUAUGAAAUUCAGCAUUCUGACAGUGCCUGAUUUUUUUUUAUAUGAAUGGUGAUUAAAAUUGGUAAUUUAUCUGUAUACCACAGUUCUGGUAAACAAGGCUUAGAUUUGUAUAUCAUGAAAGGAAAGCUGCUGUACUUUAGUUAUGUUCUGAAUCUUAGUCUUCUAUCCAAAAUAAUAAUAAUUUUUCUGACCAGUAUUAAAAUAGCUUCAGAGAAGAUUGUGGUUACUACAGGUAUUUUUGGAUUGCCAUACAAUGGAAAAUGUAAUUUAGAAUGACUGUGUCAGUGCUCAGAGCACAGACAAGAUUUUUUAAGAAUUCCCAAGUGACUGAAAAUACACGUUUUUCUUAAUAGAAGUUUACAGGUGGCUGUGUUUGUCUAAAGCUUCAGACACAGCCACGUUGUAUGAAUAUAUGCUCAGAAAAAGUGCCGUUGCAAACUUUAAUUAGGUGGUUUUUAAACAUUCCAUAUUUAAGGUCCAAUUUUGUUCUUAAUUUUCAAUGAGACUAACAGAUACAAAAUGAUUACAGAACUUGAAUCAAGCAAAAGAAGCAUUUGGCACUGAGUAGUGCAUUUUGAUAAUGGUUGUAGUUAAGAUUAUCUGGAUCUUCUGAUUUUAAUCAUUGAAGAAUGUGGCUUAUCCUGUCUGCAACAGACUAGGAGGCAGAUGACACAGGGAGGUAGUUUUGUGGAAUUCGUGAGCCUCAGUUGAGCAACACUAAAACUGCUUCAAAAGGGGGUGCAAACACUCCCCACCUCCAUCCCUGAAUAGCCGGUCCUUUUUAUCUCUAGCAACACAUGCCACACUUUGUGCUAAAAUUACAUUUCCAAGGGAAGUGUGGUGUGCCAGUAGAGCUGACCCAGGCAUGCCCUGAUGUGCACACUGGUCCCAGUGACACCAGUCCUCCCUUGUCUGUCAGUUUGGUGGUGACUGUGCAGAAGGGAGGAGGAAGAUCUGUGGGAGCAGAACAAGCAAGGGGAACAGGCAGAUGCAGGCGUACCUUGGGCUCCCUGUAUCAAUGCAGAGCAGAUACACGGGGGAAAGGUGUUGCUUAGAGCUUUCCACAACAUGCUUGAGAAGUUGUGUUCUUGUGCCACAGGUCACAAGAAUUAUUUUCUCAGUAGCAUCCAAGCUAUAGAGAGAGUCAUGAAGAUAGUGAAGAAUGUAAUUAAGCUUAAGUCUGUAAAUCCAUUAAAAUCUACUUUCAAUUCAGUGACAAGAUUUACAAUCUAUGACAGUCUAAAUGGUGAUGAUGAUCUAAAUGUGCAGGAUAGUAGGCUGGCAGAAACAGAAAAAAUUUCUUUGAAGAUUAUCUGAACUGACAAGGUUACCAGAAUCUUUUGUUUGCUCUUGACACAGAAAGACAUUGUGCAAUUGGUGUUAUUGUGUUCACCAAAGCAAACAGCAGCAGGGACAGGGAGGUAAGGAAGUGGGGAGUGGGAGACACAGUAACAUAUAAAGGGAAAUUGCAUAGGCCUGUCCUGCGUUUUUAUUUCACGUUUUCCACAAGGUUCAUGAAUGCAAAAUGAAGCUAUUUCUCCUAAACUGCUUGCUGUUUUCUUGCUGUUGGCACGCUGGGGCAGUGAACCGUGAGUACUACUUGGGCAUUACAGAGACUGUGUGGAACUACGCGCCCGGCAAUGCCAACGCCGUCUCGGGGCAGCUUUUUGCAGAAGAAGAGCAGGCUGAAGUCUUUCUCAAAAGAGGACCACAUAGGAUAGGAAGCACUUACAAGAAGGCUGUCUACACUCAGUACACCAAUCAUUUAUAUGAUGUGAUAGUUGACAAACCUUCCUGGCUGGGUUUUUUAGGUCCUAUAAUUAAAGGAGAAGUUGGCGAUUCCAUUACUGUCCACUUGAAAAACUUUGCUUCAAGAAACUACACACUGCAUCCACAUGGUGUAAGAUAUACAAAAGAAAAUGAAGGUGCUUUUUAUCCUGACAACACCAAAGAUUUGCAAAAGAGAGACGAUGCUGUGGAGCCUGGAGGCCAGUACACUUACACAUGGGACGUGACAGAAGAUCAAGGCCCAGCUCCAGGAGAUGCAGACUGCAUAACCAGGGCUUACCACUCCCACAUAGAUGCUCCAAGAGAUGUUGCCUCAGGGCUUGUUGGGCCUUUAAUAAUUUGCAGGAAAGGUACAAUGAAUAGGGACAGUGAUCAACACUUUGAUGCUGAAUUUAUCCUUAUGUUUUCCGUGAUGGAUGAAAAUCUCAGUUGGUAUCUAGAGGAAAAUAUCAGAACAUACUGUUCUGAGCCUUCCGAAGUGGACAAAGACGAUGAGGACUUCCAAGAAAGCAAUAAAAUGCACUCCAUCAAUGGGUACAUGUAUGGAUACCUACCAAACCUCACGAUGUGUGUGGAAGAUAAGGUAAAAUGGCAUCUUUUUGGCAUGGGUAAUGAAGCUGAUAUCCAUUCAGCAUACUUUCAUGGACAGACCUUAAUAGAAAGGCAUCAUCGAGUUGACACCAUCAGCCUCUUCCCAGCCACAUUUGUUGAUGCUGUCAUGACACCAAGGAGCCCUGGGGAAUGGCUGCUUAGCUGCCAAGUGAAUGACCACAUUGAAGGUGGUAUGCAGGCCCUUUUUAAAGUAAAAGACUGUAAGAAAUCCACACCAGCUCACAAUGAGAGUACAAAGAUAAGACAGUAUUUCAUUGCUGCUGAGGAGAUCAUCUGGAAUUAUGGCCCAUCGGCAGUGAACCAUUUUACAGGACAAGAAUUAAUCAUUGACAGUGAAUCUCGCAUCUUUUUUGAACAAAGUGAGACAAGAAUUGGUGGCUCUUAUAAAAAAGCAAUUUACAAAGAGUACACAGAUGGUUCUUUUACUGAACAUAAAAAAAGACUUGCAGAGGAAGCACAUCUUGGACUCUUAGGACCUGUUAUCAAGGCUGAAGUGGGCGAGCGCAUCAGGGUGACCUUCCGGAACAACGCCAGCCGCCCGUUCAGCAUCCAGGCCCACGGAGUGAGUUACGGCCGGAGCAUGGCAGGGACACGCUAUGGCCCCCUGCCCAGAGGUACCGAAUCUCCAGCCUCUCACGUGAGUCCUGGUGCUACGUUUACGUAUGAGUGGAAUGUGCCAGAAGAUGUGGGUCCCACAGACCAAGACCCAGACUGUUUAACCUGGCUUUAUUACUCAGCUGUGGAUGCAGUCAGAGACACCAGUUCUGGCCUUGUGGGUCCUCUCCUGGUGUGCAGGAAAGGAGCUCUUCUUUCUUCUGGGAAACAGAAAAAUGUGAACGUGGAGUUUUUUCUACUUGCCACAGUAUUUGAUGAGAAUCUGAGCUGGUACUUGGAUGACAAUAUUUUGAUGUUUACAUUAAAUCCUGAUAAAACUGACAAAGAUGAUGAAGAUUUCCAAGAAUCUAACAAAAUGCACUCCAUUAAUGGUUAUAUGUAUGGAAAUCAGCCUGGUCUUGAGAUGUGUAAAGGAAGUGUGGUUUCUUGGCAUUUGAUGGGCUUGGGUUCAGAAGUUGAUGUCCAUGGGAUAUACUUCUCAGAAAACACAUUUGUAACUAAAGGAACAAGAAGGGAUACAGCAAAUCUGUUUCCACAUACAGUUCUUACAGCUAUUAUGAACCCUGAUUCUGAAGGAAUUUUUGAAGUGUCCUGCCUGACAACAGACCACUACACUGGGGGCAUGAAACAGAACUACAAAGUGAAACAAUGCCACUGGUGGAAUGUAGAUCCAUCUCUGUAUUUGCAUGAAAAGACUUACUACAUUGCUGCAGUGGAAGUUGAAUGGGACUAUUCUCCCGACAGGACAUGGGAAUAUGAACGGCAUCAACACCAUGAGGAAAGCCCUGGCAAUCCAUUUUUAAAUAAAAAUGACAAAUUCAUUGGCUCAAAAUACAAAAAGGUUGUAUAUCGCGAAUACACUGAUCAGACAUUCAGUACUCCCAAAAACAGAGCAGAGGAGCAGCAGCACCUGGAAAUUCAAGGGCCACUGCUUAUGUCGAAUAUCGGAGAUAAAAUUAUAAUAGUUUUUAAGAACUUAGCAUCAAGACCUUAUUCUAUCCACGCCCACGGAGUGAAAACAGACAGUUCUGCUAUUGCUGUAACUAACCCAGGUGAAACAAAAAUCUAUGUCUGGAAAAUCCCAGAGAGAUCUAGUCCUGAGAGAGGAGAUCCACAUUGCAUUGCAUGGGCAUACCAUUCAACAGUGGACAUCAUUAAGGACACUUACAGCGGAUUAAUAGGCACACUUGUUGUGUGUCAUAGACAUUAUCUGCCAUCAUUUCAUACUAAAAAGAAAGUUCAAUUUGCUCUUCUUUUUAUGGUUUUCGAUGAAAAUGAAUCAUGGUACUUGGAUGAAAACAUUAAAACCUAUUCUGCCAACCCACAUCUUGUUGACAAAGAGGAUGAGGACUUCCUUGAAAGUAAUAAAAUGCAUGCCAUUAAUGGAAAGGUGUUUGGAAAUCUGCAUGGCCUGACUAUGCAUGUUGGAGAUAAAGUCAGCUGGUAUCUGGUGGGAAUGGGCACUGAGAUAGACAUUCACACAGCACACUUCCAUGGCCACAGCUUUGACUACAAGCAAACAGGGAUUUACCAGGCAGAUGUCUUUGACCUGUUCCCUGGGACAUUUCAAACUGUGGAAAUGACUCCACAGAACCCUGGAACCUGGCUGUUACACUGUCACGUUACUGACCACAUCCACGCAGGCAUGGAAGCAACCUACACUGUGCUCCCAAAGGAAGAUAAACGGUCUUUGUUCCCAAGAUUAUUCAAUCAGUUCAAGAGUAAAGGCAUGGCAGGCACACAAGAAUGAUGAAAGCAUUUUAACACAGUGGUUCUCCAAGGUCUAUCUUUAGUGAACAUUCUUGGAAAAUAUUCUCUUCUGAUCAACUCAUCUCCACGUGUGUUUUGGAAAAUUUCAUGUAGUGGCCACAGGUACCAAAAGGGCCAUAGACUAAGACAGCUGAAUGGAUAUGACAGCUCAUAAAUGUAUUUUUCUCUAAAUAAAAGUUGUAUCUUGCAAGCUAAA